AUGUCGACCUCAGAGACCGCCACGCCGAUUGGCAUUGCCAACCUCCCCAACCAGCGUCACAAGAUUGUCGCAAAGCGGGGUGCAGCCUUCACUAUUAUGGUUGCCGGAGAGUCGGGAUUAGGAAAGACGACCUUCAUCAACACCCUCUUCUCCACCACCAUUAAGAACUAUGCCGAUCACAAGCGCCGCCACCAGAAGCAGGUUGACCGAACCGUGGAGAUUGAGAUUACCAAGGCUGAGCUCGAGGAGAAGUUCUUCAAAGUCCGCCUCACCGUCAUUGAUACCCCUGGCUUCGGAGACUACGUGAACAACCGUGAUUCAUGGCAACCCAUUAUCGAGUUCCUGGAUGACCAGCACGAGUCGUACAUGCUCCAGGAGCAACAGCCCCGCCGAACCGACAAGAUCGACAUGCGUGUGCACGCCUGUUUGUACUUCAUCCGCCCCACCGGACACACCCUGAAGCCUCUCGAUAUCGAGGUGAUGAAGCGCCUGAGCUCCCGUGUCAACCUGAUCCCCGUGGUUGCCAAGGCUGAUACCCUGAGCCACGCGGAUCUGGUGCGCUACAAGGAUAGAAUCCGCGCUGUGAUUGAGGCCCAGGGCAUCAAGAUUUACUCCCCGCCCGUCGAGGAGGACGACGAGCACGCUGCUUCCCACGCCCGCAGUCUUAUGGCUGCCAUGCCUUUCGCCGUCAUCGGUUCUGAGAAGGAUGUCAAGGCCAACGAUGGUCGUGUUGUCAAGGGUCGUCAGUACGCUUGGGGUGUCGCCGAGGUGGAGAACGAGGACCACUGCGACUUCAAGAAGCUCCGCUCGAUCCUGAUCCGCACUCACAUGCUCGACCUUAUUCACACCACGGAAGAAUCGCACUACGAGGCCUACCGUGCCCAGCAGAUGGAAACCCGCAAGUUUGGCGAGGCCCGGCCACGCAAACUCGACAACCCCAAGUUCAAGGAGGAAGAAGAGACUCUGCGCAAGCGCUUCACCGAGCAGGUCAAGGUCGAGGAGCAGCGUUUCCGCCAAUGGGAACAGAAGCUCAUCUCAGAGCGCGACCGUCUCAACAAGGAUCUGGAGGCUACCCACGCAGCCAUCAAAUCCCUCGAGCAGGAGAUCGAGGGUCUGCAGGGUUCCAGCACCCGCAGCCACGGACGUCGUUAGGAUGUUGCAAUUUUACCGGGAGUCGACCCGGAUCGUUCAAAAGGGGAGUAGUCGAACCAUGCUCUUGUUUUUUCUUCUCUUUUGAGUACUCUAUGUCUUGCCGUUCGCGCUUGGAAGCACCUUUGUCUGAGUGCUUGGUUCGUUUUGUUUGUUAUAUCCAUUUACCGCUGGUAGCUAGCGAUGGUGUGUCUACAACUUUGAUAAUAACUUCUUCUGUAUUCCGUAUGAAAUACAGAAUUAAUUCUUGUG